AACAAGACGAUUCAGAACCUGCCCAAAAUCGAGCAGGAAUCGCCCUUGGAAGCACGAUGGCUGAUGGUGGCGACAUGGCUGAUUUAGAAAACUUUAAUUACGAUGAUAUAGACGGUGUCUCUAAGUUGCAGAAAACCCGGCGGUACAUUGAUACAAUGCUGAAAGUUGAAGAUUUCCUUGAAAAGGGCUUUGAUAUGUCGAAGAAUGGCGCAGUUCUUGAAGACGAUCCCGAGUACCAGCUAGUAAUAGACUGCGAUGCAUUGUUAGUUGCCAUUGAGAAUGAGAUUGUCAUCAUCCAUAAUUUUAUCCGAGACGGGUAUCGAUUGAAAUUUCCCGAGCUCAAAUCACUUGUUCAUCACCCUAUUGAUUAUGCUCGAGUGGUUAAAAGGAUCGGCAAUCAGAUGGACUUGACCGUUGUCGAUUUGGAAGGCCUUGUACCGUCUGCCAUUAUCAUGGUGGUUUCCAUUGCGGCUUCAACCACUAGCGGUAAAGCACUUGCAAAGGAAGUCCUAAGAAAGACAAUUGACGCGUGUGAUCGUGCUCUUGCUCUUGAUUCGUCAAAGAAAAAGUUGCUUGAUUGUGUGGAGAGUAGGAUGGGACAUAUUGCACCGAAUCUCUCCGCUAUUGUUGGGAGUGCAGUUGCGGCGAAACUUAUGGGGACUGCUGGUGGUCUAUCGGCAUUGGCUGAGAUGCCUGGUUGCAAUGUCCAGUGCCUUGGUGCUAAGAAGAAGAAGUUGGCAGGUUUUUCUACUGUAACAUCCCAGUGUCGUGUGGGCUAUAUUGAACAAGCAGAGAUUUUUCAGAGUACACCCCCUUUUCUAAGGAUGCGUGCCUGCCGGCUAGUGUCUGCAAAAUCGACGCUGGCGGCACGUUUUGAUUCUAACAAAGUAGAUCCAACUGGGAAGACUGCAGGGAGAGCCUUUCGCGAUGUGAUUCAUAGAAAGAUUGAAAAGUGGCAAGAGCCACCACCAGCGAAGCAACCUAAACCGCUUCCGGUACCUGAUUCUAAGCCCAAUAAAAAGGGACUGAGGUGGCGGUCGGUUAGUUCCUGAUGAGAGUUCUUUAGGUGAUGGACUUGGAGAUCGACUUGGGUUUUUCUUUUGUUGGUUGACUGGUUUUGAAAUUAGUGCAAGUAGAUAUGGUACUUUUGUUUAGUAAGCCUAAGUUUUGACGUAGGUUUUCGAUCUUUCCUUCAAUCAAAUUGCCCUGAUUUGUUUGUUUUGUUUUCAUUCAUCUCAUACAUUAUGCUAGGUGCUUCCUAUGGAGUAUUAUAUUUUGGACAAAUAAUCUAGACACAUGCAGGGCAUAUGUAAUUUGGAAGAAUGUCUGCUCUGCAUACAUAAUCGCGUGUGUUCUGUUUCACAGUUCGACUCUCUUGAACAGCUUACAUAAAACCCAUGCUGAUCUGAUCUGGA